AUGGCUAGAACCAAAGAAGAAGCUAGAAAACAAAUCCAUGACCAAAAUGUUUCCUCAUCCACACCUUCAUCUUCUCUCAAUCGUUCACCUUCACCACCACCUCCUCCAUCUUCACCAAAACCAUCUGAGUAUGUUUCAGAUACUCCUUCACCUCCUACAAACCAAAAUCUUGAGAAAUUAGCUCAAGUUUCAUCUGAUCAAGUGAUUGUAAAUCCACAAACUCCAAUUACCACUAUUCAAGAUCCAUCUUUCUUAGAAUCUACACAAAAUAAACCUCAAAAUCCAAACCCUGUUUCUGAAUCUAGAUCAGAAGAUUGGAUCAUCCCUCUCUCAACCAUUGUUAGUACUCUUGCAAAAAAUCCUACCUCAUCUAAACCUAAGAAAACCAAAACCUUUGAUAGAUCAAAGGUUAGAAAAUCUGCACGCAUCAUGAGUGGAAGAAAACCAGUUGUUGAUACAAUUGUUCAUGUUAUUCACAACUCUGAUUCUGAGAAUACUCUCUCAGAAAACCCUCAAAUUGAAAAUGCUUCUGCUACGCAAUCUGAACCAUCUCCCACUUCCAAACUCAAAACCAAAACUGCUUCCAAAGCCAAAAUCACUACCUCAUCAUCUGUGAAGAAAAAGUCUGAAGCUGAGAAGGACAAGGGAAAAGGAAAAGAAAUCAGACUCAAAGAUAUGAUCUUUGAGAAAAAGGAAUUAAGAGUACCCAUGGUAUUUGAUACACCGGAAAAUGCACUACUUAUUUAG